UUGCAGACAUAGUGAUGAAAGAUCUGGAGUCCAAGGUUCUGAAUAACAUAAAUGUGAUUCUACCAUUUUACGUACGCUACGUGGACGAUAUCGCUUUGGCAGCACCCACCGAAGCGGUUGAUAGUAUCCUAAAUGAAUUUAACGGAUACCAUAACCGCUUACAGUUUACUAUCGAACGUGAAAAGAAACGCAACCUCAAUUUUUUAGAUACUUUAAUUAAAGUCGAUAACAACACCUUACAUACUGACUGGUUCCAUAAAGAGACCUUCUCAGGUAGAUACUUAUCCUACUAUUCACAUCAUCCAGUUAGCCAAAAAAUAGGAACCAUCUACAACAUGGUAGAUCGGGCGUUGUUAUUAUCACACCCCCAAUAUCACAAAAAGAAUCUAGAAUUUUGCGUUAACACCCUAACUAACAACGGCUACCCAUUGGAAUUGAUUUUUAACAAAAUCAACAUAAGAAUCAAAAAAUUGAUUAAUACGAAAUUAAAUAGCGGAGUUCAGAACCUGAUCGACGUGCCGGACACGAUCGUGGAAAGAAAAAAGUACUUGGUCUUCCCGUAUUUAAAAGACGUGUCUGAAAAAAUAUCUAUGUCCCUGAAUAAAGACAUAAUUAGACUAGGUUUUAGAUGUCUAAAUAAGCUGGAUAAGUUUAUUAGGGCACACAAGGACAAGAACAUAAAAACAGAAUGUAACAACAUCGUCUAUAAAUUAAAUUGUAACGACUGCAAUGCCUCGUACGUAGGACAAAUAAAGAGAAAAUUAAAAACAAGAAUCAAGGAGCAUGCGAACAACAUUAAACUUGAAACAGCGAAAAUAUCCGUUAUUAGCGAACACAGACUCCAACAAAAUCAUUCGAUCGAUUGGGAAAAUGUAAAAAUCCUUGAUUUUGAACCAAAUUAUCAUAAACGCUUAAUUUCCGAGAUGAUACACAUUAACGAACAAAAAAAUGGUCUUAAUCAAAAAACGGAUACGGAACUGUUAGACGACUGUUACAACAUUAUUUUGAACAAACUGGUCGAUAUGUAACAAAGAAAGUAUAGGGAAUAGAAUUGUAAACAGAGAAACAUUUGACUCAUACGCGGGUUGCGUACGCUUCGCAACAUCAGAAACGUUCAGUCUCCCUUGUUACGCCGAUCAAUACAGAUCGAUCGUUAUUCGUUAACAUUGUAAGCGAUCAGCGUUGAACAUGCCUUACAACGACUCUAACGACGAACCUAUCAUUGGUCGGAGAUUAAUUAAUUUGCACGAGUCGUACAAGAAGCGAUACGUAGACCGAAUUGUUGGACACGAUUUGUUUCGCGGACUGGAAAUCGACGAAGCAAGAAUAGAAAUUUCGGACCAUGGGCUUUAAAUCCCGGACUACUGUACUUAAAAGGCUGUUAUGAAGAUUUGUUUGCGCUCUGCGUCUGUAAUGUACGAAUACACAGACACUGAAGAAGACUCCGUAGAGUUGAAACGUUUGUGUCCUUUAUAUAUGAAUAAAUAUGUAUUAUUAGCUAUACGAACAUCUACACCUUUUUGCUCGUCUCACUGGCCUUUUCAAUUAAUUGUUAAAUUGCAUACGAGCUUACAAGAAUAGUUGCUAACAACUUAUUUUUAUUUUAGAAA